CCUCAUAAAUCCCUUCCACAAGACUUUAUUUCACGACGAUAUCAUCGUCAUCGCAAUGGCUGCUCCUCAAUCUGGCUCCUGGCGAAAUGGCCUCUUCGGCAAGAUCUGCGGUGGAAGCUGCGGUACCUGCAUGGGAGCCUGGUGCUGCACGCCUUGUCUCCACGGCCGCGUGUCCUCCCGCUACGAAGUCUUCCCGGACAGCGACGAAUCCAGACUCGAGACCUUCAACGGGGACUGCAUGAUCGCGUACGCCGCGGGAUGUUUCGGGCUGACUUUCCUGCCCAUCAUGUUCAAGCGGGCGGAGAUCCGGCAGCGCUUCGACAUCCCGGGAGACGGGUGCACCGAUUGUCUGUUGUCGUGUUUCUGCCAGCCGUGCGCCCUCGCGCAGAUGUCGACCGAGCUGAAGGACCGCAGCGCCGCCGCUCUGCUCCCGACGCACGGCCUCGGUGACGACAAGACUGGGUAUGUUUCUCCUGCGGCCGCGACCGGCGGGAUGGUGUAUGCCGACAGUAAGCCGACUUACACGGCGCCGAUCUACACGGAUGCACCGCCGCCGCAGGUCACUCAGCACCGGGCUUAAGGAUCACAGCAUUCUAUGGUCCAUGGGCAGUGAAAGUCAUACAACAUUAAGCGUAGAGGCGGUGGAAGAAAAAGUCAGAGAAGGGAACAGGCUGUUUAUGUGAAAAUCUUGUGAUAUCCAAUCAUUGAUGUUAGAAAUUCCAUUUAUUUUUAUUUGUUGCGAAGCCAUAUACUGUUCAUCGAUCCUCUUUUUCCGCUGACCAGUGGUAUUGUUUCCCGUCAACGUC